GAGGAAGGGGUGGUGCCGGCUUGCUGUCAGCGCCCGCUACCGGCAGCGGCCGCCCGCGCUCGCGCCUCCCGCCUCCCGCCUCCCGCCUCCCGCCUCCCGCCGCGGCGCCCUCCCGACAUGCCGGAGGAGGCGGGCUUCCCGCCGGCCAAGAGAUUCCGGCCGGCCUCUGGGCCUCCGAGCCGCCCCGGGUCCUACCCUCCCGGGAGGCGAGUGGUGAUGCUGCUGGCUGCGGGCGGCAAAGGCGGAGGAGGGGGCCGGAGGCAGCCGCCGCCCCUGGCCCAGCCCUCGGCCAGCCCCUACCGCGAGGCCGUGGAGCUGCAGCGCCGGAGUCUGCCCAUCUUCCAGGCGCGGGGGCAGCUGUUAGCCCAGCUCCGCAACCUGGACUGCGCCGUCCUCAUCGGGGAAACAGGCUCUGGGAAGACGACUCAGAUCCCGCAGUACCUGUAUGAAGUGGGGAUCGGCCGCCAGGGCGUUAUUGCUGUGACCCAGCCCCGCCGCGUGGCUGCCAUCUCUCUCGCCACGAGGGUCUCAGAUGAGAAGAGAACUGAACUCGGGAAGCUGGUUGGCUACACGGUGCGCUUUGAGGAUGUCACCUCAGAGGACACCAGGAUCAAGUUCCUGACGGACGGCAUGCUUCUGCGCGAGGCGCUCUCCGACUCCUUGCUCCGCAAGUACAGCUGCGUCAUCUUGGAUGAAGCCCACGAGCGGACCAUCCACACGGACGUGCUCUUCGGGGUGGUGAAAGCGGCACAGAGGCGGCGCAAGGAACUGGGGAAGCUGCCCCUCCAGGUGAUUGUGAUGUCCGCAACGAUGGACGUGGACCUGUUCUCUCAGUAUUUCAACGGCGCUCCUGUCCUCUACCUGGAGGGCCGGCAGCAUCCAAUCCAGGUGUAUUACACCAAGCAGCCUCAGCAUGACUACCUGCACGCGGCCCUGGUCUCAGUCUUCCAGAUCCACCAGGAGGCCCCUUCUUCUCAGGACAUCCUGGUGUUCCUCACUGGUCAGGAGGAGAUUGAAGCCAUGACUAAGACCUGCCGGGACAUCGCAAAGCACCUCCCAGACGGCUGCCCCGCCAUGCUGGUCCUUCCGCUGUAUGCCUCCCUGCCCUACGCACAGCAGCUCCGGGUCUUCCAAGGGGCCCCAAAGGGCUGUCGCAAAGUGAUCAUUUCAACUAACAUCGCAGAAACCUCCAUAACCAUUACAGGAAUAAAAUAUGUGGUUGACACGGGCAUGGUCAAAGCAAAGAAGUAUAACCCUGACAGUGGUCUCGAGGUGCUGGCUGUGCAGCGCGUGUCCAAGACCCAGGCCUGGCAGCGCACUGGGAGGGCUGGCCGGGAGGACAGUGGCGUCUGUUACCGGCUCUACACAGAGGACGAGUUCGAGAAGUUUGAAAAGAUGACGGUGCCAGAAAUCCAGAGGUGUAACCUGGCGAGUGUCAUGCUUCAGCUCCUCGCCAUGAAAGUCCCAGACGUGCUCACCUUUGACUUCAUGUCCAAGCCGUCUCCAGAUCACAUUCAGGCGGCCAUUGCCCAGCUGGACUUGCUGGGGGCUCUGGAACAUAAGGACGACCAGCUCACCUUGACCCCGAUUGGAAGGAAGAUGGCAGCGUUUCCUUUAGAGCCCAGAUUUGCCAAGACCAUCCUGCUGUCGCCCAAGUUCCACUGCACAGAGGAGAUACUGACCAUCGUGUCCCUGCUGUCCGUGGACAGCGUCCUCUACAACCCUCCUGCCCGGCGGGAUGAGGUGCAGGCCGUGCGCAGGAAGUUCCUUUCCAGCGAGGGGGACCACGUCACCCUGCUCAACAUCUACCGGACCUUCAAAAACCUCGGCGGCAACAAGGAUUGGUGCAAAGAGAAUUUUGUCAACAGCAAGAAUAUGAUGCUGGUAGCCGAAGUCAGAGCACAGUUGAGGGAAAUCUGCUUAAAGAUGUCGAUGCCCAUGGCGUCCUCCCGAGGGGACAUGGAAAGCGUCCGCCGCUGCCUGGCCCACAGCCUCUUCAUGAACACCGCCGAGCUUCAGCCCGACGGCACCUACGCCACCACGGACACCCACCAGCCGGUGGCCAUCCACCCGUCGUCUGUCCUCUUCCACUGCAAGCCAGCCUGCGUCGUGUACACGGAGCUGCUGCACACCAACAAGUGCUACAUGCGCGACCUCUGUGUCGUGGACGCCGAGUGGCUGUACGAGGCUGCCCCCGAGUACUUCAGGAGGAAGUUGAGGACAGCCAGAAACUGAGCCGCUCAGGGUGCUGUCCGUGCUGCUCCUGCCCGGGCCUUGGACGCCCGCUGCCCUCACGGCAGGCUCUCCGGUUGGCCCCUGGGGCAGCUGCACGUCUCCACACAGCUGAGCGUGCCUGGCUUCCAGAAGCAGGAAGCUCAGCCUGGACUGUGUGCAUGUGGACCUGCACUUACUGUGCUUUUGGUUCCUGCCGGUGACUGCAGGGGGCUCGUUUCCUCAUCUGCCAAGUGGGGGUCAUAAGACUUUUUUUUUCCCCCAAAGAUUUAUUUAUUUAUUUGAGAGGCAGAAUUGCAGAGAGAGGGAGAGACAGAGAGAGAGAGGUCUUCCAUCUGCUGGUUCAUUCCCCAAAUGGCUGCAAUAACGAGGGCUAGGCCAAUCCAAAGCCAGGAGAUUCUUCCCGGUCUCCCAUGUGGGUGCAGGAGCCCAAGCACUUGGGCCAUCUUCCGCUGCUUUCCCAGGCCAUUAACUGGGAGGUGGAUCAGAAGAGGAGCAGCUAGGACUUGAACCCAUGCCCAUAUGGGAUGCUGGCUCCUCAGGCGGAGGCUUAACCUUCUACGCCACAGUGCCAGCCCUUAUAAGAAUUCUCACUCACAGGAUUGGGCCAUGAAGUGUAGAGAACAUGGAUGGAAAUUACCCAGAGCCAUGCCCGGCAUGGGCUACACAUCUGAUGAGUCGUGAGCCAUUAUGCUUAACCUUGCUGCUCACUACCCAGUGUAAGCGAAGUACAACAAAACCCCCUGCAUUCUUGGGACCAAAGCGGGCCUUCUGGAAGGAGGCUGCCAUUGGGGGUUGCCGUGCCUGGAUGCUGUCCCUGGUCCUAUUUGAAGGUCUGUCUGUGGGAGACUGAAAUAGCAGCCCUAAGACAUGGCGUGCUGUGGGCGGUUCUGGAGGAGGUGCUGUUGUCUGUCACCUACUGGGGUGGCCGUCUGUGUGGAACCUCGGGUCUUAGGAUGCGCGCUGCCCUGUGUCUGCCUCCAGGCAGGGGCCACUAAAGGAGUCCCCCGACCCUCGUGCCUCCCUGGCACAGAUCCCCAUCAGUGGUUUUGGAGGACGUGUACAUUUCCUAGGCAAAGGCCAAUUUGUAUCUUGUGAAUAUAUCAAGUACAGGCAUGGGAAACUGACCGCAGGGCCUCCCACAUACCCAGCUGUGGUUUUCCCUCUGAAGGAGCCCCGGGCCUCCUGUGAGCCUGAGGAAUGGCCAGCCCUGUGCUCCUUUCCAGCUGCUGCUCCUUGGGCAGGCCCCUGGUCAGAGCUGCCAGGGAUAGGGCGCGAGGGGCACUGUGCUUGAUCAGUGAGAACCCAGAGAGCGACAGUCCCUCCCCCAUGUCUGGUGUGUUGUUGUUUUUUGUUUUAAGAAGUCUUUUUUGUUGUUGUUUUAAGAAGUCUUUUUUUUUUUUUUUUAAAGAUUUAUUUUAUUUAUUUGAAAGGCAGAGUUACAAAGAGAGGCAGAGAGGUCUUCCAUCUGGUUGUUCACUCCCCAAAUAGCCACAACGACCCGGAGUCUGGAACUCCAUCUCAGUCUCCCACGUGGGAGGCAGAGGCCUGAGCACUUGGGCCACCUCCCGCUGCUUUCCCACCGGCAUUAGCAGGGAGCUGGUUUGGAAAUGGAGCGGCCAGGACUGGAACCAGUGUUCAUAUGGGGUGCCUGUGUUGCAGGCGGUGGUCCUUACAUUGCAGUUUAGUUAUUCGCUGUGAUCUUUUUUUCCUUCUUCGUAGGAAGUCGGGGGCAGUGUGGCUUUGCUCCUUCCCGACUGCCCAGCCCUUGUUGUCUGCGUUUGUUGGGGGGGCAUUGAGGGUCUCCACAGUCUCUUCCUGUCCAGAUAUUUUGAGAAGGGAAAGACACUAAAGGUUCUUCUCAGCUAUGUCAUCAUCAAAAACAAAUGCUCUUUCCCCAGGGAGAGUCUGGCCUGGCAAGAUCUGUCCUCUUAUUGUGUGGCAUUUUGUCACUGUUUACCAAAUGCGUCAUCUGGCUGCUAAGCAGGGAGCAGACCUGCCUCAGAGGCUCUGCAAAGACAGCGCAGUCUCCACCCUGGUGGGGGGGGAGGGACCGGGGGGCACCCCCACUGCAGCGUCUCAGCUCUCUCCAGGUGUGUGUGUCCAGUCCUGCCCUGUCAGCAUGUGUGCCCGAGCCACCAGCCCUCAACACUCAGGUUUUCAGCCAGGUUUCUGGGGUGUCAGCACAUGUGGUUUAGUUGUGGUGACAGUGAUCACAUGUAGAUGAAAUGGGAUGUGACUGAUCCUAUAUACCUCACCUCACAGUGUGGCUUUUCCACACGUUGCUGACUUUCUGGAGUUUUCCAGACAGUUCUUUCUGUUUUGUUUUUAGUGUAUUUUUCUCAUUCAUUUAAUAGAAAGCAAGGAUGUUUAGCCGAAGCUGACGAAAGAAAUAUAGUGUAUUUUAAAUAAAACAUUGGUCAUUCUGUUAAAAAGAAAUGGGAGGUGGGGGAUAAUUUAUUAGGCUCCUCAGCAAAUCCUCUAGCGAGAGGUAUUCUCCAGGUCAGGUAAAACUCACCUUGCGUAAUUUAUAUCCGGCUUAAGCACCCGAGAAGUUUCCAGAGACUCAUGUUCUUCUCCGGGGGGCAGAGGAUGCAAACAGCUUCUAAGUAGCUUUCAUGUUUCAGUACAGAAAUAUGUUUACCCCUGUAACACUGAGGUAGUUUUUAAUACAGUAUUUAGUUUUCUAUUGGGCUUUUAAGGAAGUUAUUUUUUUAUCGUAGCUGCUCAGGGAUGAAUCCAGGUUGGAAAGCCCACCCUAGCUCCACGUCACUAACACAGAAAUAAGACCUGUCUGUCGAGCUGCAGGGGAUGCUACACCUUAAACUUAGCGCUUUCACAGUGAGACUGCACCAUAGCCCCGAGCUACCCUUUCCCACCUCCUCUGAGCGGCUGUGUGCAAACUGUGUUCAAGCAGGCGGCGUGGGGCGUGGCUCAGGCGGCUGUCCUGCUUACAUCAUCACAGAGGGUGAAACGUGGGGUAGGGCACCUUUCCUUACAAGGGCGAGGACCCCAAUCCCUGUCCUUGAUAAAAAGCUUUCAUGCUGCAAACCUGCUGACUGGGAAGGAGAUGCCAGAUGCGGACAAGGUUUUGCUCGGGGAGGGAAACUGCACUGUGAUACCUAAAUCCUCCGUCCACUACGGAUGUGGCCAUGCAUCUCUGACACCAGUGCUUUAGCAUAAGAGAAAGCACGGGCCCCGUGGGCGAGAAUGUUAUGUUGUAUUUCAUAAGAAUAUUGUAACCUGCAGAGAAAUCCAGAGGGAGGGAAAAAAAUCAGGUUGGCUCAGGCAUACGUUGUAUUUUGAGUCUUAAAUAAAGCUAUGAAAAGAUCAA